UCUGUACUCCGCUUUCGACUGGAUCGAGCAGCCUGUCUAUUGCUACAAUUAAUGAAGGAAACUGUUUUUUGUUUUAGCGGAGUUUGCGGCAGUAUUGCGAGGAUAGCUACGAUUCCGAUGUGUACCGACGCCGUACAAGAGGAUUCGGACAGCGUGGAGCUCGAGGAUCUCAGCGUAGCUAAUGUGCCAGAUUCUGAGUUCGGUGAACCACAGAUAGAAAAAAAGAAAAACACGAAUGCAACAAUUGAAAAUAAUGAUUUUAUCGAUUUAACGGAGUUUGCAGCAGUAUCGCGAAGGCAGCCACGAUCCCGAUGUGUGCAGAUGCCGCACCGGAGGAUCCGGUUCGGGCAGCGCAGAGUCGGCCCGCAGGUUGGUAGCUUUUUCUUAAUCCUCUCUUGUCGAAAUUCACAACGUAGUAGUUGUCAGAAGUUGCGUUCCGAUAUUCUCUGCCAGUACUGAAGAUCUAUAGUUCGUUUUAUGUAUACUAUGAAUUUUCAGUACUGACAGUAAAUAUCGGAACAUAACCAGAA